AAAAAGAGGCUAAGUGUAGCUUUUUAUUUAAUUUUUUCUUUGUGUAGAUUCCUUGUGAAUUUUUCUUUUCAUUCCAUGUGAGCAUUGUGUUUCGGAUUGCCUGGAACCUGGUGAGUAGUGCUGGAGGAAACUGGAAAGAGAGAGAGAGAGAGAGGUUGUGACUGGAGAAAAGAUGGCCGACUCAACAGGACACUACCCACAAGACAGUGACUACCCUCAAUUUAAAACAAAUGGUUAAUGUUCUCAACUUGAACAUAAAAAAAUAACAGCCUUGUUGGUAUUAAUAUAAAUAUAUUAAUAUUGUCAAUGACUUAAUUUUUUUUUUUUUUUCAGUCACUGAAGCAUCUUUUUUGUACAUCCUCAAACUGCACAGAAUCUCAGCUUGUCAUGUUAAUAAUACUGUUGUCAAAUCCGUGUAGCGUUAGCUAAUUUGCAAGUCUAAUUUUAAUUUUAUCCCUUCAGCCAGAUGUCUGAUUUUCAAAUUGUUUCAUGUCGACGCUUGAAAACAGAUCGCCUCGACAGACACGGUGGAGACAGUCGGGUGUGCUGGAGGAACUCCAGUUUUAAUUUUGAGUGCUGUAAAUCCUGAAACGAAUCGGUUUCCAUAUUCGUACAUAUUAAAUUUUUGAUUCACUCAUGUUUAUAGUAAAACCUAAGUGUGAUUUAAAAUGUCUUUCCAAAGCUUCUUUUCAAUUGUAUCACUUUGUUGUUUUUAAAUAACUUUCUAGGUUCAAGAACCUUUUUUUUUUUUUUUUUUUUUGCAUGAAACCAACAUUUUAAAAAUAGAUGUUACAGCUAGUUUGUUUGCUUAAAGGGCACAUGUGUUAUGUAGUCGGGCCUUUGAUGAGGGAAGCAAAUGGGCUAGUUGCAGUAUGAGUGAUGUGAGGCUAGAUGGACGUGUUUGACACUGUUGGCAUUUGCCUAUGCAAAGGAUUCAUCCACCACUUUCCUUUAUGAAGCAUUUGCAGAAACGCCAAAGGUCGGUGCUGCAUGCGCCUCACCUACCAGGUCCCAGCUUGUGACAUGACGGUUGUACGGGUCUCGCACAGUGAUGUGACUGUUCAUUGUCAUAGCUUUUUCGGGUCCUAAAGAGCUAAAGCUCUGUUCAACUUUUUAUGUGUAGUAGUUUUUCAUAUUCCGGGUUGAACAGUUUAUGUGCAACACCACUGCAGCUGAGAGGAGUAUCUGUAUUUUUUAUUUUUACUUGGUCCUCGCUGAGUCACUGCUUCCUCUAAACGCUUCAACGUUCACUUUCCAUUUCCUGGAAGCCGCCUGUUCUCUGUGUAUCCAGCAGGUGUCGCUGUUGCGCUUCACAACUUUGAGCAAACGGUUAAAAAGUUCAUGCACGUCACUCUUAUAAGGGCAGUUCCUAAACGUGCAGCGAUCUUAUGGGCGCAGUUGACGAAUAUAGUUGAUAAAAAUAGGAAUUCCCACUUAUCCAUCAGGUCAUCGGAAUUCCCACUUAUCCAUCAGGUCAUCGGAAACGGGAGCUGCGGCAUGAUGCAAUAAAUAAGCGCCAUUAAUGUCUCUGUAUGGGAAAAGCUGGCGUUGACUACUUAUAAAUAGCCAAAGUGUUUGUGAUGGAGGCUCAUUUAAAUAGUUGCAAUUUGUUUAGCAAAUUAAGUGAAACUAUUACUUAAUGGAAAAAAAUCUAUAUUCUUUUUGGUGUCACGAUCCCCUUUUGGGCUCUAAUUUAAAUAUUGAACAUCUUUAAUUUGAAUGCAGCAAUGUACCUGGUAAAGGUACCUGCUGUCCCCAUGGGGGGGUUUCCCUUCUGGGAGGUGACGUGACGUGGGGGGAUUUCCAUACCCUCAACCAGCCAAUCAGUGCGAGGCUACUGCGGAAACCAAAAAAGUGAAGCAAACUACGCUUCAGAAGUCAUCAACACAUGGAUUCAAGUCCGUCUAACGGCUCGUACGAGUUGGCAGUGAACCUCGGGGCUGGUUGUAGCCCGACUAGUCUUUACCGUAUUUACCGAAGCUGCUUUCAAACGAGAGACGCGUCUCGACACACACGAGAAGAAUAAUACCGGAUAGUAAUCCGGUUCAGAAAGAAUUUAAAGGACACGACGGCGGAGUAUAUGGUCUUUAAGGACUAUUCACAUGCGAUGAACGACAUGGACGUCUUCAACGGGACCUCUGACUCGCGAGGGCCGUCAGAAUUUGAUCUCAUUGAGGAAAUCAUCACAGAGUGGUCAGGUGCCUCCCUGCCUGGACCUCCUGACCCCCCCGCUGACCUCUACCAGAACCCCAGGAUGCGACAACAGAGCUCCUCACCGCCAUCUCAGCCCGUGCUGCUGGCCAGAGGCACUGCAUGUCAGCCAACCUGCACCUUCCCUCAGCGAGAGAUGGCUCAUUCUUCCCGGGGAGCCGGUGCCGGUUUCCCGCGGCGUGGUCGAGGCUCCUCGUGUUCGCUGGCCUCCAGGAGCUCCCAUGGCGUUUCCUCUCAGAACCACGGCGGCGAAACGGAGAUGCUGGAGCGGCUUCUGAAUAAGCCCAAGCUGGUGGUGUUGGAGGAGCCCAAGGAGAGAGGCAUGAGGUUUCGCUAUGAAUGUGAGGGACGCUCGGCCGGCAGCAUCCUGGGGGCGUCCAGCACUGAAACCAACAAGAGUCAGCCUACAAUAGAGAUUCAAGGUCCCAUUAAACACUUAAAGAGGGUCACAGUCACGGUUUCCUUGGUGACCAAAGACCCCCCACACCGGCCUCACCCCCACUGCCUUGUGGGUAAAGACUGCCCAAACGGUUCAGGGAUCUGCGUGGUCACGCUCAAUCCUCACAGCAACCGACGUCACAGCUUUACUAACCUCGGUAUCCAGUGUGUGAGGAGGAAAGAGCUGGACACUUCUCUUGAGAAGAGAAGAAACCAAAAUAUCGACCCCUUUCAAACUGGUCACACGAAGGGCAUUGAAGACAUGGACAUGAACGCUGUGCGUCUGUGUUUUCAGUGCGAGUUUGAAUGGGAAGACGGCAGAAAAGACUGUCUCAGCCCAGUGGUGUCCAACCCCAUCUAUGACAAGAAGGCCACGACUACAUCACAGCUGAAGAUCAGUCGUUUUAACCAGUACAGAGGUUCCUGCUCCGGCAAGACAGAGAUCUACAUGUUGUGUGACAAAGUGCAGAAAGAUGAUAUAGAGAUCAUCUUCAGGCGAGGGUCGUGGAAGGCGAGCGGGGAGUUUGCCCAGACAGAUGUGCACCGGCAAAUCGCCAUCGUGUUUAAGACUCCGCCCUACCAGGACCAGGACAUCACAGAGGAGGUUGAAGUCAGCGUGGUCCUGCGUCGCCUCUCAGACCAGAUGGAGAGCGAGUGUGUUACCUUCACGUACCUGCCACACAACCCAGAUCCAUAUGAGGUGAAGCGGAAGAGAAAGAUAAAGUCAGACAUCGGCUUCAGUGAGAAAGCUUGUGUGACAGCGGAGAGUGCACCUGCAGCAGAGCAACCCUUCCUCAUUCAGCAGCCUCCAACCAUGAUGUCUCCCAACGAGAGGCUUUGUGCUGCCCAGCCUGGGGCCUCGGCUUUAGGGGAUAUGUGUUACAACGAGCCCCAGGACUCAAACAAUGGCAGCGAUGCAGACAUCCUGAAUCAGUUGAAUCAGUUCGAAAUACCUGUACUAUGGGACAUGAUUGCCGACCCCAGCUUUGCCUUGUCCGUGCCCUCUAGCUUUGAGCAGGGGCCCGAUGCCAGCUCCACGUUUGCCACCCCGGAUAUGAACUUUAACCAGAACUUUGGCUCGUACACACAGGACUUUUCCCAUUUCAGCGACUUGCAGUUCAACAUGCUCGUCAACGAGAUCCAGACUCCGCAGUCAGAGGGCCAGGACAGCCCCUCCAACAUGGUUCAGGUGAAGACAGAAGAGGAGCUGUGAGGAACGAAUAGUCCGGAUCAUGAAUCGCCCUUACACUCUCUCUGUCCACUUCAAAAUAAUAUCGUUGGCACUUUGGGGAAAAAUGCUCACUGCUUUCUUGCAGAGAGUUAGAUGAGAAAAUUGGUACCACUCUCAUAUGAAAGAAUGGUUUGUUAACCCCCUUAACGCCUCUGGAUUUAGACCCAAACAAGAUUAUGUUGUCCUCAAUCCAAGACUACUGCUUCGGCUGAUUGCACUGUAAAAUGUGUUUGCCCUCUUGCUAAAUCCAUAUCUUUGUCUGGAGACCUUGCUGGUCAAGGCUUUAGCAACCAGCAGGAGAGGGUUAACAUUCCUGCAAGUGUGCUGGUAGAUGCUCACAGCACUAAUCGUCAGAUUCUCACGGUCAGCGUGGCGUUUUAAAGAGAGAGCUCAUGAACGUCUAUAUUUAACUUGGGAACAAUAGAAACCCUCCCAUGAAUUGUCUUCUAUUGUAGUAAAUGAUUAGUGAGGUAUGACUUAAAUACCUGUCAUAUAGUGUCUGUGUAAGGUCUUAUGUGCUUCAACAUGAUUUUGGGAAAGCGACCUGACUUCCUUCAAGAAGUGUAGGAUUUUAGUUUUAGCACAAAAAGUCUCAAGUAGUUUCAGAUCUGCUCUUCACAUUGUUCUUGUUCUUUGAUCACUCUCUGUUGAUGUGGCCGCUUGUUUAAUAAUUAAUCUACUUAAAGGCAAUAGAAACCAGUCCUCUUAUUUAAACUUCGUCUGUGUCAGUUCCUGCUGUUGUGCAGUUUCACUCUCGUGCUAAACAUUCGAACUUCCACUCGUAGCUCGUCACGAGUUCAACUCCGCCCGUCGCUGUAGCAUUGUAGUGUCCAUGUUUCGGGAAAUAAACUGUCUCUUUGUCUGUUA